AGUACCUCACAGGAGGGGCGGCCUUAGGAUACCGAUUCCCCGCCCGAGUUGCAGGGACUCUGAAGGAGUAGUACCAAUUUAAAUCUUCCUCCCCAAGAAACUCUCACCAGGUUACUGGGGGCUGGACUUUUGUCUAGCUUUUCCCAGUCUUCAGUUUUCCUCCGGACUCCUCGCUCCGCCCCCGGGCCCGCCCGUCACCUCUCGGACUCCGUCUUUUCCCCCCUCAGUCUGCCACGCCACUUGGUAUCACCCAGCUCCGCCUACCACAGGGCCUCCCCUGCCACUCAAGAUGGCUGCUGUUGUGGGGCCCGGCUCGGAGCCUUGGAACCGCGUAAAGAUCCCCAAAGCCGGUAGCCGCAGCACAGUGACAGUGAGGGACCCCGGCGCUGCCCUGAAACUUUGCAUUGCAGCUGUAAUUAAAGAAUGCCAUCUCGUCAUACAAUCUCUGAGGAGCCACAUGUUAGAUGCAGAAACAGAUGUGCUAUGUUCGGUCCUUUACAGCAACCACAACAGAAUGGGCCGCCACAAACCCCAUUUGGCCCUCAAACAGGUUGAACAAUGUUUAAAACGUUUGAAAAAUAUGAAUUUGAAGAGUUUGAUUGAAGACCUACCUGAGUUGUUUUCUUCCAACCAGCCAGUGGUGGAGUUGGUGUUGAUGAAGGUUUUAGGAGCCUGCAAGCUCUUACUCCGCUUGUUGGAUUGCUGCUGCAAGGCAUUUCUUUUGACUGUGAAACACCUAGGAUUGCAAGAGUUCAUUAUUUUAAACCUUGUCAUGGUUGGACUGGCAAGCAGAUUAUGGGUUCUCUAUAAAGAUGUUUUAAGAAGGUUGGUUUCUUUAUACGAGCCCUUGUUUGCACUGCUUCAAGAGGUCUCUGGGAUUCAACCCAUGCCUUACUUCAACGAUUUUACCUUUCCUGCUGAUAUUACUGAAUUUCUGGGACAGCCCUACCUGGAAAUCUUUAAGAAAAAAAGGCCUACAGCUUUUGCAGCUAAAGGAGUAACUAAGUUGCUAAAUAAACUUUUUUUGAAAAAAGAACAAACGCCAGGAUCUACUGAAGACACUUUACUUAGAAUUUCCCAAAAGGCUAAACAAAUGAAGAUCAGUGUACAGAAUAAUGUGGAUCUUGGACAGCCAGUAAAAAAUAAGAAAGUUCUCAAAGAGAAGUCAUCAGGAUUUGAUGUGAGGGCUUUCUGCAAGCAGCUCAAGCACAAAGCUUUUCAGGAGACCAGCUUUGAAUCUAGAUGUUCUCGGUCCAAAUUAAAGAAAACAACCAAAAAUUCUCAGCAAGUGAUAGGAUCUAUCCAUGCCCAAAGUUUUGUGCAAAGAUUCCGAGAGGCCAAGACUUUUAUACAACUUUCUCAAGAAAUCCAAAUGGCAGUUGUGUGGUGCAGAACGAAAAAACUGAAGGCUCAGGCCACAUUUCUGGGUAACAAACUUCUUAAAAGUAACCGACUUAAACAUGUAGAAGCUCUAGGUUAUAGUUUGCCAAAGAAACUAGAAUGCAUAAAAACAUCUAUUUGCAACUGCCUUCUUUAUGGCUCAGGUAUCAAAACUUCAAAGCAUCAUCUGAGACGAAGAUCACAGAAUAAACUUUUACUAAGAAAAAGGAAACCGCAGAGAAAGUGGCAGUCAACUCUUUUAAAGGAAAUUCAGCAGCUUCCUCAAGAACCUCUGAAAAGUGCUGUGGACACCAGUACUAAGUUGGGUCUCUCACACUGCACAAUUCAGAGAACUGAUCGCUACCCAAACAGUAAGCAGCUACUGAGUAGCAGACUUUCAAAUCCUGCCACACUGAUUAAGGAGAAUCAGAUUCAUGGACAUCUCACAAGAAGUAGUGAAAGUCAAACUAAUUCAUGGACAAAGGUGCACAUAAACAGACAAAAAACACCAGAACCUGUUAAAGAGACAGAUGACAUUGAUGACAUUUUUGCUUUAAUGGGAGUGUAGUUGUUUACAUGUGGGACUUUCAAGCAGUUAACAAACUGGUCCAUGGUUGUGUUUUAAGGGGUGUUGCUGAGAUCUUGGAAUACUGCUAUGCUCAGAGAGGAGCUGCUUCCAUGCAAUAUCCCAGUUCAUUUUGGUUCAAUAAACAUUUCUGGUA